GCAACAACAGACUUCACAGAGGCCUUUUCGAUUAUUAACUCUAUCGAGCCCAGAAUUGCUGCAAAGACUGCUACUUCAAAUCUUCUUCCCCUUAUUCAUACUAUUAAACGCCAUCUUGUUGACUUUGCAAGGAGUUCGGAAAAAAACAAAACCCUUUUAGUCAUAUCUUCUCCGAAAGAUUCAAAGCCUUCAAACAGGGGAAAGAUCGACAGAAAAGAUUAUAAAACAAAAGAGAUGAGUACUAAUAGCUUUAAAGGACACAAAGUGAUUCACAUCAGCAACGACGUUGAAGGUAGGCUAGGAAAAUGGACUGUUCUAAGAGCUAUGGAAAAACUUUUAGAUUCCAUACCCUCAAAUGUCACUACUGCGGAGAGAAUAUGUCGUCCAGGUCCCAUACAUUGGACAGGAAAAUCAUCGGAGACCGCGGAUAAGAAAUGUCUCAUCAUGGGUGACUCGAUCAGUUUAGGUUAUAUGGAUUAUGUUGUUGAAUUGCUCGAUGGAGACUGUACUGUCUAUCACGCUCCAUGGUCUGGUGAUGGAGGAAGCUUGGACACGCGCUAUAUGCUUCAGUGUUUACCCAUGUUUCUAUCCUCAAGUUUCUACGAACCUGUUCAGUAUGACGCCAUAAUAUUUAAUGCUGGAAUUCAUGAUAUUGACUGCUGCGAUUAUCAUAACGAGUAUGUCCCUCUCAAAGAAUACAAAAAAAAUCUGAAUAAAAUCAAGUCGGCUUUAUUAAAAACAGGCGCUAUGGUUGGCUUCGCGACCUCCACACCCGUCCCAUUUAGUAAAAAGAUGGACCAGAGGCUUAGACAGUACAACAAAGCUGCAAAAAAAGUUAUGAAGGAUGAUAAAUCCAUUAAAGUAAUAGACGUAUAUCACGCUUUAACCGAAAAAUGUGGUGGACUGACCAAAAAAUGCAGUCUAUUUCUGGAUCAGCCAAAUGUACAUCUCAGUGGUGAAGGGUACUUUUUAUUGGCUGAAAAGAUCAGUCAAGGAUUCAAGUCUUUGUUGAAACGAACAAAGAAAAGAAAGAAAAAAGUUUCCAAGCAAAACGAUGCUCCUCCUGGUUCACUCUAUUGUGUACCAAAAACAGGAAAAAAAGGGAAAAACAUACACAACCUGACGGGUUGUCCUGGAAACACAACCUGCUGCCUAAACGGUUAUUCCAAUUCUUUCGUUGGCUGUUGUAUGUUAAAGGAUGCAAUGGAUUGUGGGGAUAACUGGCAUUGCUGUCCUAAAGGAACUGUUUGUGACCCUGGCUGUACUGGAAAAAGUUGCGUAUGUCGAAAAGCACCUUGGGAAUCAAAAGCGUCUAGAACUGCAUUUUCUCUCUUGAUGAAAGCAUUGAAUUCAUUUUGGAACAAAAUAGCUAAAAACUAUCCAUCCUUAGAAAAAUCAUGAUAGUCAGUCUCGUGUUAUUUUGAUGAUAUUUAUGAUAAGACAUUGGUGAGGGUAAAAUAAUUAAAAAGCGAGUGAAGCAGUAGUAACAGGAUCGUAGCUCCUCCCCUGUUGAGAAACUGAAAAGCUAUCAAUUAACAAAUCUAGUGGAAGAGAGAAAAUCUGAUGAUAAAGCCUCUGAGUCUAAACUUUCGCUUUUCAUAUACAAGGAAUCAUUGCAUAAAUGUUUCUAAGCCUUAUUCACAUGGCUGUGCAUGUAGAGUUACAUAACAGAAGCAAGGAUUUGUCGUGUAACGGCCCUGAUUAAUUAUGAAAAUAUACAUAACAUUUAAACUUUACAACGGCCGAGCAUGAACCUUUGCAUGGUAUU